AUGGCCAACGAAACUCCCAAAAACCAUGCUCUCGACAUCACGGUGCUGGGCUUGAACAGCGGCACCUCGAUGGAUGGCAUCGACUGUGCUCUGUGUCGCUUCCGGCAGGAGACUCCAGAGUCUCCCAUGCACUUUGAGCUGCUCAAGUAUGGAGAAAUCCCGCUUGAGCAGACGAUCAAGAAGCGGGUGAUGAACAUCAUCCUGCACAACAAGACUUCGCCCUCAGAGCUAUCUGAGGUCAAUGUCAUCCUAGGAGAGACAUUCGCCGCCGCGGUCAAGCAGUUCUGUGCAGACUACAAGGUGGAUAUCUCCUCCAUCGAUGUCAUUGGGUCUCAUGGACAGACCAUCUGGCUUCUGUCGAUGCCCGAGGCGAAUGAAGUGCGAAGCGCCUUGACUAUGGCCGAAGGCUCGUUCCUCGCCUCGCGCACUGGUAUCACUUCCGUGACAGACUUCCGAGUCAGCGACCAGGCCGCCGGUCGUCAAGGUGCACCGCUCAUCGCUUUCUUUGAUGCGCUGGUUCUGCACCACCCGACCAAGCUUCGGGCGUGCCAGAACAUCGGCGGCAUUGCCAACGUCUGCUUCAUCCCUCCUGACUCGCACGGCGGCGUCGAUGCCUGCUACGACUUUGACACCGGUCCCGGCAACGUGUUCAUCGAUGCCGUGGUCCGCCACUACACCAACGGCGAGCGCGAGUACGACAAGGACGGCGAGAUGGGCGCUCGCGGCACCGUCGACCAGGAGCUCGUCGACGAGUUCAUCCAGAACCACCCCUACUUCAAGCUCGACCCGCCCAAGACUACCGGCCGCGAGGUCUUCCGGGAUACCUUGGCCUUGGACCUGAUCCGCAAGGCUGAAAGCAAGGGCCUGACCCCUGACGAUGUCGUCGCGACAAUCACCCGAGUCACCGCACAGGCAAUCGUCGACCACUACCGCCGCUACGCCCCUGAAGGCCUAGAGAUCGAGGAGAUCUUCAUGUGCGGAGGAGGCGCCUACAACCCCAACAUCACCAAGUACAUCCAGCAGCACUACCCCAACGCUAAGAUCAUGAUGCUCGACGAGGCCGGUAUCCCUGCUGGCGCCAAGGAGGCCAUCACCUUCGCCUGGCAGGGCAUGGAGGCUAUCGUUGGCCGUUCUAUUCCAGUGCCGACGCGUGUAGAGACGCGUCAAGAAUACGUCCUGGGCAAAGUGUCUCCGGGCAAGAACUACCGCAAGGUAAUGCGGCAGGGCAUGCUUUUUGGCGCUGGCCGCGAUCACUUGAAGCCAGUCAGCGAAUUAAUCAACUAUGUAGACGGGAAGGUGUUUGACAAUAAGUGGUAA